AUGGCUUCUCAAGCUCAAGGGUCCGUGGUCGAGACCGUCGACGAGAAGCACACGGGCCAGAAAGUCAGUGAUGUCGUUCCCGAGGCCGAUUCCUCGUCGGACAAGAGUCGAGAGCCGCAUCCGGUGAGGAAGGACAAGGAUGAUGACGACGGUGCCAGUCUCCCCAGCAUGGAAGUCUUGCACGCCGCCGGUGUUGGCCUUGACGAGGAUGACCCAAACCAGCCUUGCCUCACCAUCAGGAUGUGGGUGAUUGGUAUCGCCUUUUGCAUACUGGGCAGUGGAGUGAACGCACUCAACACUAUGAGGGUUCCGAGUACCACUCUGUCACAGUCGGCCAUCCAGUUCCUUGCUUACCCUAUCGGCAAAGCCUGGGAGUAUGCUCUUCCCGACUGGGGCGUCACCAUCUUUGGCUCGCGCAUCUCGCUGAACCCGGGCCCGUUCAACGCCAAGGAGAACAUCCUGAUUUACAUCCUAGCCAACCUGAGCUUCCUCAGCCGUCUCAGUGUCGAUGUUCUCAUCGAGCAAAGAGUCUUCUAUGGUCUUGACGCUGGUUGGGGCUUCGAACUCCUGAUGACGGCAUCGACCCUCCUCUUGGGCUUUGCCCUCUCUGGCAUCUUUAGAAAACUGGUCGUUGAGCCCCCGAGCUUGAUGUGGCCUGGCGUCUUGGGCAACACGGCGCUGAACCACACGUUGCACUCGAAGGACAAGGUGAUCUCGGAAAGCCGGUGGAAGAUGUCCAGAUACACUUUCUUCAUGAUUGCAUUUUGUGCCUCCUUCACCUGGUACUGGUUCCCCGACUUCAUCUUCCCCGCCCUCUCAUACUUUAGCUUCAUCUGCUGGGCAGCCCCCAACAACGUCGUAGUCAACCAGAUAUUCGGCAUGAAGAGUGGCAUGGGCCUGAUGCCCGUCACGUUCGACUGGGCCCAGGUCGCAUACAUCAACAACCCCCUGGUCGUGCCGCCGUGGGCCAUCAUGAACGUCUUUGCCUCGCUCGUGAUUUGGGUCUGGAUCCUGGCCCCGAUCCUCUACUACACCAACACGUGGAACCUGGCCUACCUGCCCUUCCAGGACAACGCCGUCUUUGACAACAUGGGCAAGUCGUACAACGUGUCCCGAGUCAUCGACAAGCAGGCAGGCUUCACCUUCAACGUCACCAAGUACGAGAACUACUCGGAGAUCUACAUGCCCGCCACCUACGCCAUCAACACCUUUGGCCUGUGUUUUGCCACCAUCACGUCCCUGUUCGUCUGGCUCGCCCUGGAGAAGCGCGACAGCUUGCGGUCGGCCAUCAGCUCGUCCUGGCUCGCCCGUCGCUUCAUGCCGUCGAGGUACGAGCCGCCAAAGCCGCAGCCUCAGCCCCAGUACCGGGUCGCACCGACCUGGUGGUACGUGGCCGCUGGCGUGGUUGCCCUGGCCUUUGGCAUCGUCUCGUGCGAGGCCUAUCCGGUCCAGCUGCGAUGGUACGGAGUCGUCUUCUCCUUCCUCAUCUCGUACAUCUUCUUCCUGCCGCUCGCGUGGGUCUACGCCACCACCAACAUCAAGAUCCAGAUCGAGGUCAUCUGCAGGGUCAUUGCCGGCUACGCGUACGAGGGCAAGGUGCUGGCCAACAUCUGGUUCUUCAACCUGGGCUACAUCUCGGGCAUCAAGGCCCUCGCCUUCGCCCAGGACCUCAAGCUGGGCCUGUACUGCAACGUGCCGCCCAUCAAGCUCUUCAUCGUCCAGGUCGUGGGCAUCAUCUUCGCCACGCUGUCCCAGGUCGGCGUGCUCAACUGGGCCCUCGGCAGCAUCCCCGGCAUCUGCACCACCAAGGCCGAGAACGGCUUCACCUGCCCCUUCAGCCGGACGCACUUCAACACGUCCAUGAUCUGGGGCGCCGUGGGGCCGCGCCGCUUCUUCGGCCCGGGCGCCCUGUACGCGCCGCUGCUGUGGUUCCUGCUCAUCGGCGCCGCCCUGCCCGUCCUCGUCUGGGGCCUGCGCCACCCGCGCGCUCUGGGGCGGUACGAGGCCGCGCGCUGGCUCAAGCACGUCCACGUCCCCGUCUUCCUCGGCGGCCUCAACUACAUCCCGCCCGCCACCGGAGCCAACUACGCCAGCUGGGCCAUCGUGGGCCUGGCCUUUGGUCUCGUCAUGCGCCGCAGGGCGUCCGAGUGGUGGGGCCGCUACAACUUUGUGCUGGCCGCCGCCCUGGACUGCUCCGUCGCCAUCGCGGGAGUGAUCAUCUUCUUUGCCGUCUUUUACACGGGCGUAGGCUCCAAGUUCUCGUGGUGGGGGACGCAUGUGCAUAAGAACACUUGUGACUGGACAGGAUGCUCUUAUCUGAGUCUGCCGAAUGGCAAGAAGUUUGGGCCAUGA